CACUAGGGGGCAGCAGUCCUGUCAGGAGCACCAGCACAAGGCGGUGUCGUCACUUCCGCCUGCCCGUGCCUUUUAGCACGGCAGCCCCGUGUGUCUUUCUUUUGGCUCGUCAUGGCGGACCGGUUUAAUAAGGUUCUGCUGCUUGAUGGCAGGGGCCAUCUACUCGGGCGGCUUGCUGCCAUCGUAGCUAAACAGGUCCUGCUGGGGCAGAAGGUUGUGGUUGUGAGAUGUGAGGGCAUUAACAUCUCUGGCAACUUUUACCGCAACAAACUGAAGUACCUUGCCUUCUUGCGCAAAAGGAUGAACACCAACCCCUCCCGUGGACCCUACCAUUUCAGAGCUCCCAGCCGCAUCUUCUGGAGGACUGUCAGAGGUAUGCUUCCCCACAAAACCAAGAGGGGCCAGGCUGCUCUGGACAGGCUGAAGGUGUUUGAUGGCAUCCCCCCACCCUAUGAUAAGAGAAAGCGCAUGGUGGUUCCCGCAGCCCUGAAAAUUGUGCGUCUGAAGCCUGCCCGCAAGUUUGCGCUCUUGGGCCGUCUGGCACAUGAGGUUGGCUGGAAGUACCAGGCAAUCACAGCCACUUUGGAAGAGAAGAGGAAAGAGAAGGCCAAGCUCCGCUACGCCAAAACGAAGGUGGUGACCAAGCUGACCAGGCAGGCAGAGAAAAAUGUAGAGAGCAAGAUCGCAAAAUACACAGAUGUUCUCAAACAAUACGGCGUCAUUGUCUGAGCUGGCUGCUUCUGCUCAAUAAAUACGUGUUUAUAGAAGGUC